UCUGAUUGAAAACUCGUUUCCAACAAGGACAAUCUCGCCGACAGACUUCUAUAAGUUGGCUGAGCUGGUUCACGACAGUCGAGAGGAAACAACAGCAGCUUUGAUUGAAAUAUUUCCGAUUCGGUGUGCUAAACGUCAUCAUGUUGAAACGAUCUGGCAAAUUGGUGCUCCUUUUCUGCGUGAUUGCCGUCGGUGCCAGGCCACAGCCAAAUCCAAUCGUCAACGAAACGAAUUCUGUUGUCAUACUGACCAAAGGAGAAAUUUGCAGUUUACCUCCUGUUGAUCCCAGUAACAUCAGCUGUUUUGCUUUCAUCCCCUCCUGGACAUUCAAUUCGGCUUUGGGAAGGUGUCAAAGUUUUGUUUACGGAGGAUGUGGAAGAACGGCCAACCUGUUCGACACGCAGAAUGACUGCGAUGCGGCAUGCGGUUCUGAAUCCAACAGCGGUCAACCUAUUUCUAAAUCUGCGUGCUUGAAACCGAAAGUUACCGGACCUUGCCGUGCGGCCAUUCCGAGUUUCUUUUUCGAUGCGACAACCGGAGUCUGUACACCUUUUAACUACGGCGGAUGCGGAGGCAACGACAACAGAUUCACCACGGAGAAAGCUUGUCAAUUGGCUUGCUCCGCGGCAACAAACUCGGAGGAGAAUCAGGAGAAUAACUAGAAAACAGUUAAAUAUUAUGGCAUAGUCUUAUAAAGUAAUUUAAAUUUGUUGUUAGGGGAUUCUGAGUUGCGCCCGAGAAUUUUCGAGAACAAAACAUCCGAACUAUUUCAUAUUUAAUUGUAAUUAAUAGACUGAGUGUUUUGUUGUUUACUUGCACUUCUAAUUGAAAUAAAUACCAUAGCGAUGCGGAAACAUCAA